GGUGCUUCAGACACCUAGAGGGAGAGCAAGAAAGAUUAACAGAGUGUGAAAGUGAAGCACUUCAGGAGGGACGCGGCUUAUUAAUGAAUAACAAGCACAUUUCCAAUUUCCUGCUUUAGCUAAGAUUUAAAAGAAGGAUCGAGAGUUUUGAAACAAAGAGAGAGAGGGAGAGCGAUCGAUAAAGGAAGACUGCUGGUGAUUGUUUGUGAUUCGCACCUUCACCCGCGGCUAGAUUGUUGGAUAUCAGCUGAAGAUCUUCUGUUGCAGAUUGCCCGUACCCUUAAAAAUGACACAUUCUCUGAGAGAAGUGUUUAAAGAGUACAUGUCAGAACGGCGGAUUCGAAAGAGCCGCCUUGUGAACAAAGAUGGCCGCUGCAACAUCGAGUACGGCAACGUGAUGCACAAAAAUCGCUUCGCCUACCUCCUAGACAUAUGGACCACCUUUGUGGAGACCCGAUGGCGAUAUGUGAUCUUGCACUUCGUGGCUUCUUUCACACUCAGCUGGUUCAUCUUCGGCCUGGUUUGGUACUGGAUUGCCCGAAACAACGGUGACCUCACAUGGCAGAAUCCACCCGAAGACCACGUAUCAUGUGUGGCGAACGUUGUGUGCAUGACUACGGCAUUUCUCUAUUCGUUGGAGACCCAGACCACCAUUGGCUACGGUAACAGAUACAUUACAUAUCUCUGUCCCGGAGCUGUCACGCUGAUCAUAAUUCAGUCUCUUAUGGGUUCCAUUAUCAACUGCUUCUGGUGUGGUGUGAUCAUGACAAAGAUCGCCCUACCCAAAAAAAGAGCCAAGACUAUACAGUUCAGCGAGUCCGCAGUGAUCUGCCCCAAAAAGGGCACCCUCUGUCUUCAGAUCCGCGUGGCCAACCUUCGCAAGACCCUAAUGAUCGGCAGUCAGAUUUACGGCAAGCUGCUGAGGACGACGGUCACACCAGAGGGUGAAACCAUCAUUCUGGACCAGGUCAACAUUGACUUCACCGUGGAUGCUGGCAUGGACAAUCUUUUUUUCGUGUGUCCGCUGACCCUGUACCACGUUAUCGAUAAAGCAAGUCCAUUCUAUGAAAUGGCGGUGGACACUUUACAUCAGCAGGAGUUUGAGCUUGUGGUCUUCCUGGAUGGCACGGCCGAGUCCACCAGCUCCUCCUGCCAGGUCAGGACUUCUUACAUCCCCCAGGAAAUCAUGUGGGGUUACGACUUCCUCCCCAUCAUCUCCCGCACCAAGGAGGGAAAAUACCGCGUGGACUUUUCCAACUUCUGCAAAGUGGUGGCCGUGCCAACCGCCCAUUGCUCUCGUUGCUACCACAAUGAGGCAGGGCAUCAUCACCACUCGAUAACUGGCAUUGAAAACCAGGGCUUUGAGGCGAUUGACAUUGAUGUACCCAGCAAUACCAAAAUGUAAAGCUUGGUGGCUAUUUGAUUGACCAUGUACCUGCUUGGAGACACCAUGUAAUGUCACUAUCUUCAUUGUCACUAUCUUCACGCACUAUAUCAGAGGUACAGGACAUUGAUUCAGGUGCUAAGACAGAAAUACGUCUGUAUGAGUGUUUUACUGUAGUAGCACUGUAAUUGACCUAUUUUUUUCAGAAAAUCAAAACCGUAUGUUAAGGCAACAAGGGAAAAGUGGAAUGUUUUUAUUGCUGCAAUGUGGGCAAUUUAUUUGAUAUAACAUAUUUAUUUGUAUUUAUUUUGGAGCUGACAUUUUUUUCAAAUCUGACCUUCACUUAAACCUUGUUUAAAAACAAUUUUACUGUAAAAAGGUGAAUAUAAGUGUGAAAGGUAUGAAAGUAGAGCUCUCUUUUGUUACAGGUUCAUUGCAUUGGGAGUGGGAAUAUUAACUGAAUGGGAUAUUAGCGGAGUGUGAAUUUCUGCAGAUGUUUAAAGAUGUUAAUAACUCGGAGAUAAUGAACAGAUAAUGCAUGUAAAUGUUGUAAAUGAAUAUAUAU